UUGCCGGCUGCGCUCGAUGCUCCUGCUGGAAGGAGAGCGCACAGAUCCGCGUCAGAGGAGAGAGCGGAGGGAAAUACACGGAGCUCCUCCAUCAAGUGUCUCUGCGGCUUUAAACAACGAUCAGGAAGCGGGUUUGCUGGCUGUGAGGGAUCCUGGAGCAACUUUGGCACUAAUUUUCCUUGAAUGCAGAUUUUUUUUUUCUUUUUUUUUUUGCUUCUUACUGAACAUCCUAAGGAUUUCAGCAUCAAAGAUUACCUACACAUCCACGAUGUUUAUCCAAAGUUGCAGUUCACAUCUGCGGCGUUUCUUUUGAACUGAUCAGGACAAUGGACAAAACGUCCUGAAGGCUGAAGAAGGGGUGAAGGUGAGGGAUGUAUGCACCAGGUGGACCUUCCUUGGAGGUGAGAAAGUCUAUUAGUGUGUGGUGAAUUAUCAGGUGCGAGCAGCCACUCCCAGGAGGAAUGAACGUGCCUAUGUUACAUAAGAAGCACACUGGGACCCCAGAUGAACAGCAUCAUGACUCCAGCUGACUCAUAGCAUGUGGCUCAAGAUGCAGAGCUAUAAUUUUCACGGUGCCUCAGAGAUUUUUACCCACACGCUCCCGAGGAACCUGGAGACCACAGAAGAAGAAUGUGGAACCUGAUCUGAUCCCUCUGAAAGAAGCAUGGAUCAAAUCCAGGACCAGCCCGGCUUCUCACCACUGCUUCGGGAGAAACUCAACGAUUCUAUCAGCGUCCACGUCGCCCCAAUGCUGAAGUCCACCAUCAGCUCCCCUACUGCUCCACUUCAUCACCCUCUGCCCUCUCUUCUGCCCUCCACCCUUCCUCCACACUCCCCCCUUAUCUCCUUCCCUCUGUUUUUCCCAACCUCCUCCGCAGUCAUCAACGAGUCUGAUACCUCCUCCUUUCCCUUUUCCCUUUCCAACAUCUCAUACACUGAUUUGAAGGACUUGGAGAGUAUGCUACUCUGGACCCUCCACGAGCCCAGCACCAUCGCUCUGACCGUCAUGUACUCCUUGUCUUUCAUCUUGGGAUUUGUUGGGAAUUUAAUGUCCCUGCGGGUUCUGACCAGCAGGCGCAGUCGGCGGCUCGCAGCCGUCAGCGCCACGCGGAGCCUCCUGGUGAACCUGGCGGUGUGUGACCUGGCUGUGGUGUGUGUCUGCAUGCCCAUCACGCUGGGGAACAAAAUCUACACCGCCUGGGUGUACGGCGACCUCCUGUGCCGGGCCGUGCCCUUCACGCAGGCCGUCUCGGUGUCUGCCAGCGUGCUGACCCUGACGGUGAUCAGCGUGAACCGCUACUACAGCGUCCGGUCUCCCCUCAAAGCUCGCUCCAUGUUUACCCGCCGGCGGAUUUUGGCGACGGUCGCCGUGGUGUGGAUAGUGUCGUCCAUGAUGUGUGCUCCAAUAGCGGUGAUGAACCGGCGGCGAGAGCUCAGCUUUGAGGCUUUCACCAUCUUGGUGUGCCAGGAGGAGUGGCCCCAGCUUCCUCUUAAGCAGGGAAGUGGCUGCCCUCUUCAGUAACUCAUCGUUCUCCAGCUCGGCUGCAGUUGUUGCUCCUGGAGCCAUAAUUAAAGAGACUAAGGUGUCUGCCGCUGAGUGCCACCGCAUAGCCGCUGCUGUGGCGGCGUCUGCGUCCGGGGUUACCCUCCCUGGGCUGUUGGGCUUAGCCAGACGUAAGGGACUGGGGCAACAGGUCAGAGACAGUUCAGACAGCCAAACAGGAUCUGACCAGAGCAUCUCAGACUGGUGUCAAUCCAGUCCCAGUGUGUACGACAGCUCUUUAUUUCCCUGCCAGCUUCACUCACUUCGGCAGUCCUCCCAGAAAGCAGGCUUCACUCCGGCAAGGAGACACUCUACCAAUGUGGUAUCAUUACCUCUGCAGAGUGGACCUGUAGAAAUGGACCCGCAACCGCUGAGGAGACAUUCAGAGGACAGAAUUUAUUGUCUGCAAGCCGAUAACAGGGAGUCCAUUAUCCUGAGCAGGGACACAUCUUGCGCCGCGAGGCAGCAUAGAAGCAAAACAUCAAAAAAACGCUUCCUGGAAGGAAGCUCUGAGAAUGGAACAACAAAUAUGACGAGCCUAUGAAGGUUGGAGAUUAUCGGCUCUGUCAGUGGGGAGGAAUUUCCUCUUUUUGUCUUGCAGGGAAUAAAAACACGCUGUCUGGUUCACAGUUUGCUCUUAACAGAAAGAACAAAUACGGUGGAGAGCACACUGUUUUGUGGAUAAACUAGCCAAGUCUAUGCUCUCAUUCUGUCUACAUCUGGUAGUAUUUCAGACUUUUGAGAGGAAGCUGAGGGAGCAGCGGUGGGUUAACCUCAGCAGGAGGGACAGCUGGAGUGUUAUCUAGUUAGUUAUCAGUAAGAGAGACAGAUUGCAGGAGUGUGCCAUAAAAUUCAGCUCAUGUCAUAGUCACAGCAGUUUCUGUCAUCUGCCUGGGACAAUAACACAGCAGAAAUUAAAGUUUAAUGGGCUUUUGUGCAGAUUCUCUUUGUCUGUCAUUAAAUGCUAAUAGUUCUGGCUGCAUUUGUUGCUCACAGCAAUGAUCAAAACAUUUCUUACUGUGAAAUAUUGAAACGUACUGCAUGCGAGUCUCCGAUGGGCUUUUCACAUCACACGCAAUGUCCGAUAUCGAAACUGAGAAUGUUGCACAAGGUUUCAGCCUUAAACUGAGAGACGUGAAAGCACUUUUACACUAUUAAUUGUGGAAACUAAUAAAUAAAACUGACCUCAGACAGA